GGGGGUAUAUAAAACCAGGGCGAAACCGCCUGGUCUUCACACACUAGACACCAGCGCAGGGCUUGAUCGGCAGCCAGGGGCGGUUGCUAGCUCGGCGUGAGGCGAUGGGGAGGAGGCUGGACGUGCUGCUGGGGCGGACGUCGAAGCAGACGGCGCGGCUCAAGACGCUGCUGGGGCUGUCGGUGACGCGGCUGGGGGUGCUGCGGGGGCACCGGCAGGUGCGGUGCGCGCAGGCGAGCGGGGACGUCGAGCAGCUGCUCCGGCUCGGCCAUCCCGACCGCGCGCUGCUCCGCGCCGAGCAGGUCAUCCGCGAGCAGAACGCGCUCGACGUCCUCCUUGAGCUCGAGACCUACUGCAACCUCAUCACCGAGAGGGCCGCGCUCAUCGACGCGCACAGGGAGUGUCCGGAGGAGCUGCGGGAGGCUGCGGCGGGGCUGGUGUACGCGGCGGCGAGGUGCGGGGACCUGCCGGAGCUGCAGGAGGUCCGGCGCCUGCUCGCGGCCAAGUUUGGCAGGGAGUUCGCCUCCGCGGCGUCCGACCUCCGCAGCGGCUGCGGCGUAAACGCUAAGAUCGUGCAGAAGCUGUCGACCAAGCAGCCGAGCCUCGAGAGCCGGCAGUUGGUGCUCCAGGAGAUCGCCGCCGAGAAAGGGAUCUCCGUGCGCGUUUACGAGCCUCCCUGUGAGGACUCGGGACGUUAUAACCAGAGGAAGACGAAGCAGGACGACGAGAGGAUCAGGAUGCCACCAGUUGAUGACCUGGAGGAAGACAUUUCCGGCGACUCAGCGCAGAGGUACAAGGACGUUGAAGCGGCAGCUCAGGCCGCGUUCGAGUCGGCGGCUUCGGCUGCAGCCGCCGCGAAGGCCGCCAUGGAGCUCUCGCGGGGGGAGCCCAGGGGGCCCGGCGACAGGACGAAGCCAGGAAGGACGCAGAUGGAUCAUGAGACCAACAAAGGAGAAGAGAUGCCUGAUGGAAAGAAAUUUGAGAAGAUUGGACAUGCCCGGAAUUACAGUUCAGAGAUAGAGGUUUUGCCGGAGGACGAGGCAAAUCAUGGCAACAUUGCGGUGAACGAACUGAAACACCAUGAACAGCGCGAUCCAGCCAGGAGCAGGCCGGCAUCGGUCAGGACAAAGCGAGGAUUUUAGCUGCAACAUGGCAGCAACAGAGCAGAGAUGUUUCUUGAUCUCACUAUAUUAGUAGUUGAAAUUUCGCGAUGUGCCUGUAGUUAGAUCCUAUGGUACACUUAUGCCAUGCAUGUAAAGUAAAGGGGAAAAAAGAACAAAAAAGAGAUAUAUUUGAUUCGUUGCCAA